CAGAAAAUGCUAAUGCCAACCUAAAAUGGUGCUACGGAAACGACGUGCUGAUGGCAACGGUUUAGACUGACUUGUUCAACUAUAUGAUACGACAGGAUUUGCUUUAUUUAUCAGCUAACACAUGCUUUCAAUUUAGCUUCGCGUCAUAUGAGCCCAGUCGUUUUUGGUGGUAUUUCGCUGAAGGGCAGACCGUUACUUACCACUCUGUGCCAACAACAACAUCAAUGGUCACGUCAGCCCUCUUCAUACACAUGAGUGCCGUCUUCUCCUCGCGCUGGGCCGAGCGCCAUGCCUGACCGGGACAGUUCCUACCUGUCAGGUGGUGGUGGGAGUGCUGGUAGUUUGGGUGAGGACGGAGGACCUGGGUCUGGUUUGGCAGGGGGCUCAGCAGAGGGCAGAGGGGGUUCAGGGGCAAGUGUCGGAGGCAACGUCUCUUGUUCUGGGAGCAUGGGGGGUGGAGGGGCGCUUGGAAAUGGCAACAGUUGCGGGAAUGGCGGAGGUGGGGGGCAAGGUACAGCACUGGCAUUGGACGGUAUCUGCAGGGACUUCAUACGCAAUGUCUGCAAGAGAGGAAAACGCUGCCGCUUUAGACACCCAGACUUUAAUGAGGUACCUGACUUGGGAGUGCAAAAGAAUGAAUUCAUCUUCUGUCACGACCACCAGAAUAAGGAGUGCAUGCGCUCCAACUGCCGCUUUGUCCAUGGCUCUAAAGAAGAUGAAGACUAUUACAAGAAAACAGGAGAACUGCCCCUCAGAUUAAGAGGCAAAGUUGCAGCACGAUUGGGACUGUCCCCCAUGGAUCUCCCCCAUAGCCGUGGGGAGGUCCCCAUCUGCAGAGACUUUUUGAAGGGGGAGUGCCAGAGGGGCAACAAAUGUAAAUUUCGCCAUGUCAAAAAAGACUAUGAAUAUGACCCUUCCAGGGUUGGAGUGGGUGGUGUUGUGGGACCAGGUGCCAGUGGAAUGGUGAAUGCUGGGGGAGGGACUGGUGGUGGUGGAGGAGGAGGAGGAGGAGGAGGUGGUGUGUGUGGGGGAAUGCAAGGACUUGUGGGAGGUGGAAGUAAUAUGGUGGGGAUGGGUUGCCCCAGCCUGGGUGGGUGCAGAGAUCCAGGUAUCUCAGGAGUUGGGGGAGUAGGUGGAGGUGGAAUGAGUGGUUGCCUGUCCAUAAGUUCUGCUGGGCAGCGGCGCUAUGACAGGAGCUCAUGCUCAGUGUAUGACCCUCUGCUGGAAAGCGGGCUGUUCGAUGCUGGCUCCCUGGAAGCCUCCAUGGACCACACUGCUCUACAGUUAAAGAGGCGUCGUUUGGAGGGGCUGCGCCUGGCAGAUGGGACUGGAGGCGGGCACUAUGAACUGGGAGUACAAGCCGCUUUGCCACCACGUCCUCUGGAGUACAGGUUCCUGGAGGAAGAAAACUCCCUGCUGAGGAAGAGAGUGGAAGAGCUGAAGAAGCAGGUUUCCAAUCUCAUUGCUACAAAUGAGGUUCUUCUGGAGCAGAACGCCCAGUUCCGAAGCCAGGCCAAGGUGAUGACGCUGUCCUCCACUCCUGCACCUACUGAGCAGAGUCUAGCACCACCUGUGGGUGCAGUAAGCUCCUACAAUCAUGGCAUCGCCCAGACUCACACCACCCUGAGCAGUGCUGGACUGCAGCCUCGACCUGUCACACAGCAAGACCUUGUAGCUCCUACCGGUGCCCCUGCCGCUCCGCCGACUAACGCUGCCCCACCCACGGCCCCUCCUCCCCACCUGAACCCCGAGAUCACCCCACUCUCAGCUGCCCUUGCACAGACCAUUGCCCAGGGGAUGGCGCCACCAGUUUCCAUGGCACCUGUGGCUGUAUCUGUGGCACCGGUGGCAGUGUCCAUGACGCAGCCAUUGCCUGGCAUCACCAUGAGUCACGCCACCACCCCAAUGGUGUCGUACCCCAUUGCGAGUCAGAGCAUGAGGAUCACAACUCUGCCUCACUAACUGAUGAAGUGCAGAACUGUAGUACACACGAGUCAUACUGUAGCAUCCUUAAUGGUAAAUUUUUAACAUAGUUGGUCUUCUUUUAUGUUGUCGUACCUGAAACUCAAUUGAAUACACAUCAGGCCUGUGCCCCCAAAAGUGAGAUAUCGGUGGAAUUGAGAUUGUCCACUAGCAUAAGGACUUCUCUGUUGAGCCUCUCCUCACUCUAUGCUCUGUGACGUCACGAAUGCAUUUUGUCAGACUGACCUGUGAACAGCCUUUGUACCAAAGGGAUCUUUUCGAACAUGGGUACCAAAAAUAGCAACAAACUACAAAUAUGUGAAGUCAUCAACAGUGUGCAUACCAUUUCUGCAAGACUGUUGUGCAGUUCUUGUGAAGGACAUGAAGACAUUGAAUGCAGCUUGUGCUUUUAUGGAUCGCUCUGGUGUAAAUUAACUUUGGUACUUUGCACAUUUAAAAACAAGAAUAACAAACACCCGACAAUGAA